GACCCUCGAAAGUGCUAACCACUGACCCUUGCCUUCUGCCCCCAAAGCAGACUAGAAUCAACCACCUCGAAAAACGCCUAGACAAGAUAACAAGAUGAUUGUAACACGACUGGCCCGCAAGAUCGCCCACGCUGUAUGCUACCUCUUCGUUCCCUUUGCUCUGCCUCCUCUCGCCGACACCAGUAUCACGGACUCCUUCUAUGCCGAAGUUCUCAUCGUCGCGGACUCUCACGCAGCCGGCGAGGCUGAGGCCUUUGCAUCCGACAGCCCCCCUCCUGCUGGCCAGCCUAGUGACGUGGCAAUUACUGUGGCUUACGGAGGGAUCCUAUACGGUGUCCCAAUCCCCGUGAUGAGCGCUGGAGCCCCCCUCUCGCGCUUCACCAUGCGAAUCGCUCGUCGUCGGGAGCAAGGGCAGGCCAUGCCGCAGCUCGCAGGGGUCGACACUACCAUGGCGUCUGUUGAAGCACCUCACCAGCCCGACCAGCAGCUCGCUGUCCAGCCCGCCGUCCAGCCCGCCGUCCAGCCCAGCCACCAGCCCGCCGUCCAGCCCAGCCACCAGCCCGCCCACCUGCCCGCCCACCUGCCCGCUGACCUGCCCGCCGACCUGCCCACCUAUCAACCAGCGCAGCCAGCCUUCGAUUACGAGGCGCUGCAGGUUUCUGCCCUUGCCGCACAGAAGGCUGCAAUCGACGCAGAGCUGGCAUACUGGGAGAGUGCAGAGAUCACCGCCGCCGAAAUCGCCGCCACUGCCAUGGACGUUGAGCGACUGGACAGCGAGGACGAGGAUUCGCAAUCCCUCCUUGGGCUGGAGGAUCUGGUGGCGGACAAUCUGCCGUCGCUGACGCCGCCGACUGGCACUAUGGGCCCCCCUGCCGCUCCACUCCGCAAAUCAAUCUUCACGACCCCGUGGCAGGAGUGGUGGCCUUCCGUGCCCGACGUCACGGGCGAGUUGCUUGCUCUGCGUUUGGCGCAUGCCAACACAGAAGUGGCAGCGCUGCGCGACGCCAUGGUCGCUGCCCGCUCGCUCUCGGCCCUCGAAGACGCCACGUCGGAGUACAACUCGGCGUGCCUCGUCCCAAAGCCUGGGCAGGAGUCGUUGGACGAGCGCUACGCGCGCCUUGGCUCUCUCGGCGGCCAAAUGCUUCUCCGGGACCUGCAGGCGGCGGUCCACCUCGUCAAGACGCGCGUAAGCACAAAGGCUUCCGUGAAUGCUCCAGGCUUGGUGGACCUGGACACCUUCAGUCGCGCCCUCUCAAAUCUUCAGCACGCUCUUCUCUUCCUCCUCUGCUGCUCAUCUCUCGCCCCCUUCUACAUACGCUCAGCGCAAGACGCCAAAGAUCUGAUGGACAGGUUCCCAGAUCUCGAUGCCCGCAAAUGCAACUCACCGGGCACCUAUCUGCGGGUCGUCUUGUACGAGCCUGCCUUUCAGGGAGGAGCGCGCCGACUCGUCUUCUACGUCGGCAUUGCGCAUGGGCAGACGGUAGCCAAGAGGAGUGGCCAACACAGCAAGGAGUUUGAGGACCUGCUGUGGUAUGCGGAGGAGGGUGAUGAGGGAGGCUUCGCUCGGCAGGCCGAGAAGCAGCCUAACCUCUAUAAGGCCAAGGUGGUAGACCAGUGGGCCUUUACGCUGUCGCGCGGGCCAGACGGCUUAACAGAGGAGGAGCUGUGCAGCUGGUUUGCGCAGCAGGCAGCAGCGCUUCAGCCGCCCAUCGACAAGGGCCGCAACUUGCUGGACUUUGGUGCUCGCCGGUGCCGCACGAAGGAGAACAGGCAGAGAUUCGCCAACCGCAUGGUGCUCGCCUACCACGAGCACAUUGCAGCUGCCUUCUUUCGCUGCGUGGCCGGCCUUCCGGAUGAGGAGGGGUACCCUCGCGCCAACCUCUUCAAGGGCGCCUGGUUUGACGGCCGACAGUACUAUGGCGGCAACUCGGCACCUCCCGUCGUCGGCUUCGGCAACCUCGAGGGGAGCCUCGCGUGGCAGCUGCAACAGCAAGCCACAACAACCAUCAGCGAGUCAGCAGCUGCGGAUCGCUACCGGGCCGUGAUGGAGCAGCUCGACAAGGUCUCCAUUGGCACGUCGCUGCUCAGCAACCCCACGACGCGCCAGCGCCUUCACCCUCGCUACUGGCGUCUGACGACCCUUGCCGAUCCGCGGGCAAAGAAUCCCGGCACGCGCUCGCGCCCUGGUCAGGCGUUGCCGCGCUCCCCGUACGUGGAGCUGACGCAGACGCAGACGCAGGCGGGGGAGCAGGCAGAGACGCAGGGGCAGGCGGGGGAGCAGGGGGAGACGCAGGGGCAGGCGGGGGAGGAGACGCAGGGGCAAGCGGGGGAGGAGACGCAGGGGCAGGCGGCGUGGAAUGACGACGGGUACCUCGACGAUGACCAGGCGUUCGAUGAAGAUGCACACUACGACUCCAUCUUCGCGGACUCGGACAAGCUCACCUUCCCUGGACUCGUCGACAAGAUGUACUUUGUCGAUAUCCUUCCCCCCGUCUCUGGCUCGCAGGAACAUGGCCUCUACGGCAGCGUCGGCGAGUCACACCGCGUCAUUCCCGACGAGAGGGCCGUCUAUACACUGCCUUCUGCGACCAAGGAAACGAUGGACAAAUUCUGGGAGAAGGUCAACAAGGGCGCUUUCCGUGGGCUCGUCUCGGGCAACAGCCUCAUCAUCAAGUGGAACGAGGAGUGGCCUAAUCUCGAGGCGAAGCUCGAUUUUGACAUCGAAGACGGCCCAGUGCGCCUUCAAUUUCGCUCCUUGGAAGGUGGUGGCAAGCGCUUCGCGCCUCAACCAAAGGCGGCACGCGCCGAGAUGUCAUACCUCCUGCGUCACUACGACCUCGUCUUGGUCCGAGGCAGAGGGGACGACUUCCAGCUCUGGCCUAUCGAAUUGGAGGGCAAAGUUGUCGACUUUGAUUGGGAUCAAGGCAUGGUCCUUCCUGGCGAGACGGUGGCGUACCAGCGAAAGGAGCCCAUCGUCUACGCUCCCUUUUGCCACCCGGACGUAGAAGACUUGAGGGGAGUUGGCGUCUGCCUGCGCGAUGGAGGCUCGCGUUUCCCCAUCGAUGCAACGACUUUGAAGCUCGAGCUGCCGGGCAGGCCCGAGUACCACGCUGCAUGGGGCACCUUUGACGACGUCGACCAAGAGACGAAGCAUGCUGUGGUACGCCUCCCUCUGAUGUCCGACGGUACGGCGCCGGAUAUCAUCUUCAAGGUCGACCUCGCUUGCGCCGUGCUCUUCUCAGCGACCCGCAAGCACAUCACUGAGGAGGAUCGUAUGGGGAUCAUUGCGGUGGAAGACUCGGAGUGGGUCAAGGUGGCCGAAGAGGGUGGUGUCAUCGAUGGGUGGGUUCGACGCCUCUUGAUCAACUUGGCCAGGAUCUCGCGCGGCUGCCUGAAAGAGGACCUUCUGAGUCCCGACUCCGCGUCCCCCGCGUCCGGGCCCGCCUCUACCUCUGCGUCUCGCACCAAGCGCUCCCUUUCCCCCUCGUCACCUUCGCCCUCGGACAAGCGUCCUCGACGAGACUAGCACGUGAGCUCCGCGCCCGCUCCACGCGCGCUCCACGCCCGGCCCACGCCAGCCCCACGUCCGCCCCAAGCCCGCCGCACGCUCGCCUUGUCCGCUCUGCGCGCUCGCCUUGUCCACUCUGCAAGCUCUUCAACUUCUUCUCUGUCGACCAC